GUGCGGGCUCGGGCUAACCGCUGAGGAGUGGUGCGGGAACGUGGCGGCGGCUGCGGGCUGUGCGGGCGACAGCGCGCGCCAGCCGAAAGCGUCGUUUCCCCGCUCUUUCUGUGCCACUUCCAGCCCUGGACAAAUACCACUUCUAAGAAAACACGCUGAGCCGGUGUGGCUGCGUCCUCUGUCGCCUGUCAAGUGUUUGGUUAAUUUGAAUUGCCGCAAGAAUUUUUGCUUGCCCGUCUCUCGGGUUAGCAUGAGCCACCUCUGCAUUCCAGAGGGAGCCAGUCUCUAGUUCCACUGGGAGAGAAAGGCACGAUCUUUCCUCACUCUUUGGCUGCAGCCUUGGUUCUUGUCCAUGAAGACCUGCCCACCAUGUUUUAUGGGACUCACUUCAUCAUGUCUCCACCCGCCAAGGGCAAGCUGAAGCGGCAAGGCCAGCUGUUGUCCAGUGUAUUGUCCAGGACUUUGAGCUACAAGCACCGGGACCUGGACCCCACCUUCUCCAGCCUGGGUGCCAGCGAUGACCCCUCUGAGCUUUCCACCCAGCUCUCAGCCCCAGGGGUCCUGAAGGUGUUUGGGGAUAGUGUCUGCACAGGUACCCACUACAAGAGUGUCCUGGCCACUGGCACCUCCAGUGCCCGGGAGCUGGUGAAGGAGGCACUAGAGCGAUACGCCCUGGACCCCACACAUGCCAGCCAGUAUGUGCUGUGUGAUGUGGUGGGCCAAGCUGGGGAUGCUGGGCAGCGGUGGCAGGCCCAGUGCUUUCGAGUAUUUGGGGAUAAUGAGAAGCCUCUCUUGAUUCAAGAGUUGUGGAAACCCCGAGAAGGCUUAUCACGGAGGUUUGAGCUGAGAAAGAGAUCAGAUGUGGAAGAGCUGGCAGCCAAGGACGUGGACACCACCACAGCAGGGAUAAAUGCCCAAGCCCGGAGGCUGCAGCGAAAUCGUGCCAAGGGAACCCGGGCCCUGGGUCCGGAAGGUGCCCAGAGCUCCCUUCCAUCCCGGCUUCGCCGCACAGUCAGUGAGACCAGCCUGAGCUCAGCCACCACCCUGCCCGACGCCGCCCAGGGCCCUGAGGAGCCCAGCCAGGACACCAUGCGCUUCUCACUGUACCAGUCCCCGCACCUGCUCCUCCUGCAGGGCUACAGCCAGCAGCACGACAGCCUGGUGUACGUGCUCAACCGGGACCGGCACACGGUGGGCCAGAGGACCCCUGCUAGCAAGCCCAGCAUCAGCCUUUCGGCCCCUGACAUCCUGCCCCUGCACUGCACCAUCCGCCGGCUCCAGCUAGCAGGCAGCCAGGCGGGGGACAGGCUGGUCCUGGAGCCCAUCCCUGGAGCACCCAUCUCUGUCAACUUCUCAGAGGUGGGGAUGAGGACAGUGGUGCUGCGCCACGGGGACCUGCUCUCUCUGGGCCUCUACUAUCUGCUGCUGUUCAAGGACCCAGCACAGGCCCAGCCCCUGCCCACCCAGGCCCUGGCCUGCCUGCAGGCUGUGCCACAGAGCUGUCGCAUGUGUGGCACCGUGCUCAGCUCCUGGGGCACUGCCCACUCUGCGCCGGCCACCCUGUCCCGGCGACGGCAGUUGGUACUGGAGUUUGAGCCCGACCUGGAGGACACGUUACUGCAGAGGAUCAUGACGCUGAUCGAGCCAGGAGGUGAUGACCAUAAGCUCACCCCUGCCUUUCUCCUCUGCUUCUGCAUCCAGCACUCAGCCACCCACUUCGAGCCUGGCACAUUCGGGCAGCUCCUGCUCAAGAUAGCCAAGAGGAUCCGCGAGACAGUCUGGGAGAAAACCAAAGAAUUAGCAGAGAAGCAGGCACAAUUCCAGGAGCCCAUCUCGUCGGCCAGCUUUACCAUGGCUGACCUAGUUCCAGACCUGCAGCACAUUCUUUUCUGGAUGUCUAACUCCAUCGAGCUCCUGUACUUUAUCCAGCAGAAAUGCCCACUCUACAUGCAGAGCAUGGAGGAGCAGCUGGACGUCACAGGAUCUAAGGAGUCGCUGUUCUCCUGCACACUGACGGCCAGCGAGGAAGCCAUGGCCAUGCUGGAGGAGGUGGUGCUGUAUGCCUUCCAGCAAUGCGUCUACUACAUCUCCAAGUCCCUGUACGUCUGCCUCCCAGCCCUUCUGGAAUGCCCCCCAUUCCAAACAGAAUGCAGGGAGAGCUGGAGCUCUGCCCCUGAGCUGCCUGAGGAGCUACGCCGCGUCGUGUCCGUGUACCAGGCGGCCCUGGACCUCCUGCGGCAGUUGCAGAUGCACCCUGAGGUGGCCUCACAGAUGCUCUCCUACCUUUUCUUCUUCUCCGGCACUCUGCUCCUCAACCAGCUCCUCGACAGGGGCCCUUCCUUGAGCUGCUUUCACUGGCCCAGAGGUGUCCAGGCCUGUGCCCGUCUGCAACAGCUGCUGGAGUGGACCAGGAGCGCUGGUUUCGAGGAGGCUGGACAGCACUUCUUCCGGAAGCUCUCCUGUACCCUCAACCUCCUGGCCACUCCCAGGGCCCAGCUUGUGCAGAUGAGCUGGGCAGCCCUACGGGCUGCCUUCCCUGCCCUAAGCCCAGCACAGCUGCACCGGCUACUGACUCAGUACCAGCUGGCCUCGGCCAUGGGCCCCGCGAGUACCUGGGAGCCGGGGGCCCGGGACAGCCCUGCCGCCUUCAAGUCAGAGGAUGUCCUGGAGUCCUAUGAAAACCCCCCACCCAUCGUUCUGCCGAGUGAGGGCUUCCAGGUGGACUUAGAAGCGGACUGCCUGGAUGAUAGCAUCUAUCAGCACCUGCUCUAUAUCCGCCACUUCCUGUGGAGCCUGCGAAGCAAGGCCAGCCCUGGCAGUGGGCCUGCCCAGCCAGAGGGCCCUGAGGGUGCAGAGCACACCAGCCCGGAGGCUCCUAGGGACCCAGGCAAGGCAGCCCCAGAAGCUGUCCCAUCAUGCUCUCUUCCUUUGGCGGGGGCUCCCUGGGUACCAGAACCCCCUAGAAGGCAGCCCAGCUGCAGGGGCCGAGGGGACUCCCAGGCUGGGCCCCUGCACACUGACUCGUCGUGCCUGCUCACACCUCCCAGCACCCCCAUUGGCCUCGAACCUGGGGACCCUGACUGCUCAGAUCCCAGCAGCACCUGUGGAAAGGCACUCCUGGAAGGGCAGAGGAACGGGCCCAGCAGUCCCUGGGGCAUAGCUCCAGAUGGAGACCCUGCGGCCCCCUCUAGCCACAGCUCCAGCACAGAGGACUUCUGCUACAUCUUCGAGGUUGAGCUGGAGCGAGGCCCCUCGGGGCUGGGGAUGGGCCUGAUCGAUGGGAUGCACACGCCCCUGGGCACCCCAGGGCUCUACAUCCAGACCCUGCUUCCUGGCAGCCCUGCGGCGUCUGAUGGACGGCUGUCACUGGGAGACCGCAUCCUGGAGGUCAAUGGCAGCCACCUGGCAGGGGUCAGCUACCUGAGAGCUGUGGAUCUGAUCCGACAUGGGGGGAGGAAGAUGCGGUUCCUGGUUGCCAAGUCUGAUGUGGAAACAGCCAAGAAGAUCCACUUCCGCACAUCACUGCCCUAGAGAGGGGCUGGCAGGAUGCUCUACAUACCUGAUGCUGGUUCUACCAGGUGACACCAACUGCCAUCAGGCUAUUUGUAUUUUUUAAUUGGCUGAGUUGGGUUCCCAUUCUGCCCAAAUGGUAUAGACAAUGUCCAUCUUAGUGUAUAUUUUAUUUAUAUGACAGAUAACACUAAGUUGUGAUGUUUAUUACAGAGCUUUUAUGUUUAAAGACUUUAAUGGAGAAGUUUAGAUUCAAUAAACUAUCUUUCAUGUUCUCAUAGAGUACAGUGCUGAAGACAGUGGCCUGGGCUUGGUAGGUGUGGGCAGCUGAGGGACUGUGGUGGCUCCCUGCUACCUCUUCUCCAACGGCAGGGGGAGUCCUGGGUGGACACAGAAUUGUCAUGGUUGGAAGUAUUUUAGCUAUUAUUCUUCCUCCCCCACACUAACCAGAAAUGAGCCCUAAGAAACAUCCCAAGCUCCCUUCCAGCUAAAAAGACCAGAGCUGCAAACCAGAGUGCAAUUUGAUCUUUUAAUCACGUUGCUCAGCACAAUCCCAAAAGAAAGGGCUUAGAAAUCCCCAGAAGGUAAGAAAGGGACCAGUCUGCCCUAUCUUUGAGGACACUGAGCCCUACCGGGGCUCCACUCUGGGACCUCCUCAUCCAGCAGGAUUCAAGUCCUCCUUGAAUUCCUCUUGUCACGAAUACCUGGGGCCCUUCAAUACUAGCCUCAAAUGCCAGGCCCUAAUGCCAGGCUGGCGCCCCAGGCUGGGGUGCUUUUAAUCUGCAGCUGGCAUCCACUAUCCCUUCACUCUGGAAGGAGGCUGGCCUCCUUCUCCACCAGCUGGCUGACCGUGCGCAGAUCCAUGUUGAUGUGGUGGGGGGCUGCACACCUCCCCACGCGGCGUGAGCACAAACUAGGCCAUACUGGGCAUCUUCAGCAGGGUCAGCAACUUUGUGGCCCAUGUGUAGAUGACUUCCCUGCCUUCCUCUCUGUGACAGAAGCUAGGAACUGGGCUCUGGGACAGGGUCCUCAUCUUUGACAGCAAAAGAGAGACUGUGAGGAUGAGGGGGUACGUCCAGACAGCUGUAGAUGCUCCCCUCAGAGGAAAGGUGUCUGCAUGGAGUGGGCCAGCUCCUGAAGCACUCUUGCAGAUCAGUCCCAAAUGCUGGGCCUCAUCAGCUCCAUGCUGCCCUCUGGUGAGUGCCAUAGUCAGUGUAGCACAUCUGCCUCAGGCCCUUUGCUGCUCCCAGGCAGUGUGAACAUAAGUCCCGCCUAGCUUGGACAGACUGUUCAUUGCUAAGUUCCUAAAUACUGGACAAAAUAUGUAUUUUUUAAGUUAUUUUACUUUGGAGACAUAAUCUCACUCUGUUGCCCUGGGUAGAGGCCUGUGGCAUUAUUACAGCUCACAGCAAUCUCAAACUCUUGGGCUCAAGCAAUCCUCCUGUUUCAGUUUUUCUAUUUUUAGUAGAGAUUGAGUCUUGGUCUAGAACUCCUGAGCUCAAGAAAUCCACCCUCCUUGGCCUCCCAGUGUGCAGGAUUACAGAUGUGAGCCAGUGCACCAAGCCUUUAAAAAGUGAUUUAAAUGUAUGGUUUGAUUUAGAAGAAAGGAAAUCCUUAGAGCCCAAAAGUUUGAUGAGGGUAGGUUCAGAGUGGCUGCAGCUGGCCUAGGGUGCCAAAUUAUUGGUCUCAAUUCUCCAUUCCUCUGCUUGGUUAUGAUGGCCUGGAUGGGGGUAGGCAAAGUCUCACCACUGGGGGAUUGAACGGGGGCUCCACAUUACUCCAGAGUUCCUGAAGGGCUGACCCCCCCUGGGGAAAAGACAGCUAACCACAACAGAUACCCUCACAUAGAUACACUUAAGCACUGAGCACAUCUAGCCCUUUACUGUCAUCAACACAUUUAAUUCUCCCCAAAUUCUUUGCAGUAGGUACUGUUAUUGUCCUCAUUUUCAGAUGAAGAAACUGAAGCAUGAAGAGAUUAUGAUUUUCUACAUCAGUCAGCCAUUGCCAUAAUAAUUCUAAAAGAAAAAAAUCACAAAAUUCAGCAUCUUAAGACAAAGAUUAUUUAUCAUUGCUUAGCUCUGCUGGUAGUUGCCAAAUGCCGGUGCAGCCCUGCAGGAGUUAGUACUGAGCUCUACACUGAGGCCAGCUCUGCUCCACAGACUUCCCCAGGCAUGAACUGGGGCAAUGGCAGAAAUGCAAGGG